AAAAUAAUACAAAAGAAAACAUUAAAGAGCAGGGGAAAGAUUAGAAAUAAAACAAAAGUCAAAAGUACCCGCCACGACGCUAGAUAGCAGCAGAGAGGCGUCGCUGCCUUAUGCUUCAAUCAUUAGUCAACCACUUUUUUGAGGAGACGAAGAAGAAAGUAUGCACCCUUGGAAGGAGGAACACACAAACAAGGGUCGCCCCCUACGAAGGGUACUUGAUUCUAAAAUCCUGCAUAGAACGUCAAAAUGGAAAUAACAGAACAUCAAGACCACGCGUACACCAACAACAAGGAUUGUGAUUUAAUUCCGGCGGAGUUCACAUAUAAAAUGAGCCGUGAAGAAGUGAAAGACUUUGUGAAGCUGAGGGCUUCAAAUGAUCACCUCUUCUCAGGAAAAAGAUAUGCCUCCAUGUGGGCGUGGAGUGCCAUCCUGAAACGUAUGGGGCUGCAGCGUAAGAUGAGUCACUGUCAAGCAUCUAAAAAAUAGGAAAACUUGAAAAAGAGAUAUAAGGAUCUGAAGUAUCCUCCAGCAGGGGUGACAGUGCACCCAGAAUCCUGGUCUCUGUUCUCGCUGAUGGAUGAUGCCAUGCAGGACCGGCUGCAGGGAACGGCUCCCGUCCUCAAAGCCCUCAACGGCGUCUUACUGCGCAGAAAGAGGAGGGCGCCUGUCGCAGAGAUAUCUUUGGCUAAGGAUUUGAUAGCCGAUGGACCUGAGGUUGAAAUCUCACUCAGCAGAGAUGAAGAUGGAGAGGAGGCGGUGGUGAUGGAGGGGAUAAACGGGAGGAACUGUGAGAUGGAGAGAGAGAGGGCACUAAUGCAGCGAGAGAAGGCGGUUCUGGAGCGGGAGCUCGCCGCUCUGGAGCGAGCUCGGGCGCUGCUGGACCGGGAGAAGGCCACCUUGGAGAGAGAGAGGGCCAUCAUGGAACGGGAGAGGGCGAUCAUGGAGAGGGAGAGGAUGAUGCUGGAGAAGGACAGAGACGUCGUGCAUAGUGAGCGGGUCGCUUUGGAAAAAGAAAGAGCGAACCUGAAAACUGUAGAACGUGCAAGGACUGAGGAGGAAACAGGAAGCAGCAGGGCUGUGAACUCAGAGAAAACGGACAGAAAAAAGCAACUUCUAUAUUUGUUUGAAAAACUUAUAGAGGGUAUUUAAUCUAUUUCUAGUCCCCUUUACCUUUAUUUAAUUAAAAUAAACGUUGAGCCACUCCUAGUUGGGAAAGGUUCUCAAAAUGA